AACAAAAAACCGCCACUAAGUUGUAUAGCAGCCUAAGCCACUGAGGAAAGAUUUCCAGAAUGACUGAUACUCCUGGUGCUGUUCCAAAUUUUGAAGAGAUGUUCGCCAGUAGAUUCACAGAAGAGGAUACAGAGUAUCAAGAAUAUCUGAAACGCCCUGCAGAUUCCCCUCCGAUUGUUGAAGAGUGGAACAGUAGAUCUAGUGGUAAUCAAAGAAACAGAGGCAAUCGGUUGCAAGAUAACAGACACUUUCGAGGAAGGGAUGGCAGGCGGGGUUGGCCAAGUGACAACAGAUCUAAUCAAUGGCAUGGAAGACCCUGGGGUAAUAACUAUCAGCAGCACAGACAAGAACCUUACUACCAUCAUCAGUAUGGACAAUAUGGUUAUAAUCAACGGCCACCUUAUGGCUACUAUUAAUGUUGGCAGCCAUCAAGUAAAACCAAUUACAUUCUCUUGUAACAUGUCAAAA